AUGGAAGAUCCAGAACUUCUUAAACAACAACUAGAAUUCCUUCAGUUAGAGCUAGAUGAUGCCAAAGCCAAAGAGAUUCAAAUGAAAAAUAUGUAUGAGUCCAUGAUCACAAGCUUAACCUCCGCAGACACAUCAGCACUGCAAACAGUAAUAACUAUUAAGAAUAGCUCAAUAGAGGAACUAAAUAAAGUAAAAGCAGAGUACGAAACUCUCAUAAAUACGAUCAAAAAGAAACAUAAAGACAAAGUCAAAAAGCUUAAAGCAGAAUUAAAUAAUUAUAUAGCAAAAAAUUCUGAGCUAGAAUCAACACAAAACGAUUACAGAAAAAAUUUUGAGGAUAAGAUAAUUGAGUUAACACAUGAGAUACAGAUUAUUACAGAGCAGAAAAAAGAGAUGGAAAAUUCGCUAAAAGAAAUAGUUGAAAAUUCAGAUAAAAAAUUGAUUGAAAGGCUUAGGCAUGAAAUUGAAUCGUUACAACAGGAAAUUGAAUUCGUCAAAGAUGAAAAUGAGCAAGACAUAAGAAGAAUUCACGAACAAAACAGCAAAAACCUUCAGGACUUUAAAGAUAUCUACGAGCAAGAUAAAAAAUUCCUUGAGUCUCAAAUUAGGAAACUUCAAUUUGAGUUAGUUGAAGAGAAAAGAAAAGCAUUGGAAGAAGACCAAAUUUCUAUUGAUAAAAGGAUUGAAAAUUCAAUUUUAGGUAUUGAUGAAAGAAUAGAUGACCUAGAAAACACCAAAAAAGAAGCAAGAAAGAUAAUAGGCAAAUGAAAAAACGAUUUAGACAAUCUUGUUUCCAAUAUCAGGCAAGCACUUACAGAAACCAGUGCAUUAUCAUUAAAAAAGCAUAUUGACAGAACUGAGCAAAUGCUGAACUUUGCAGACGACACCCAAGAAGAAAUUAAAAAAUUAAAAAACCAGCUACUUUUCUUUCAAAAACUAAUAAAAGCUUUUGAAAUUAAUGAAAAUAAGCUAAGAAGCCAAUUAAAUAUCCAAGAAGAAGAAAUCGAUAAACUCAAAAGAGCAAUUAGGCUUAGAGUUAGUGAAGACAAAAACACUGAUUUUCAAAGCUUAAUCAAUGAACUCUCCGACCAGCUAUUAUGCAAAGAAACAGAAAUCUCAAGAUUGAAAAGAAAAAUAGGAGAUUUAAGGUGUGAAGCAGGAAUUAAUAUUGCAAAACCUCCUAUUCCUUCACCCAGAGGAAAGCAUAACAGAGCCCAAACUACAAUGACUAAAGGGAAUAUCAGCCCAAUUGAAUUAAUCCCCUGCAAAGAAAGCACAAAUGAAAAUCCAGUAGAAGAAGCCAACCUUAUGCUAAAAGAAAUUUUAAGCAACUCUUCAGCAAUUGAGUGUAAAAUGUGCAAAAACUGCAUAUCAACUCAAAUUUUCUAUGAACACAUAGAAAAAUGCAAGAUGGGAGCUAUUUUAUUUACUGACCAUAUUAAUUACCCUGAAAAACUGAAGCAGGCUCAAGAAAAAAUCGAAAGUUUGGAAAAACAAAUAGAGAUUUUACACAUAAAUAUCGAUAAAAUCAUGAAUCAGAAAGAAAAAAUGCGAAUAGACAAUGAAAAACUUAUAAUAGGUUAUAAAGAACUAAAAUUAAAGCUUGCUAUGUGUGAAGAAAAAUCAAAUCAUAAGGAAAAUGAAUUUAUGGGAGAAGUCAGGUGCUUACUUGAAGUUUUAACGAAAUUUAGAAGCAAUGCGGUCCUGCCAAAAGAUGUCUCUACUGAGAUUGAGCAUGCAAUUAACCAGAGCGCCAGAUUCUUUGGCGGAAAAAUAGCAAGGAAAACAAAAUCAUAUUUGGGAUAG